AUGGCCCCAAUAAUACCACCACUUCCCUUCCACCAAACAACCACCAACACAAAUAAUCUCCUAUCCGCCCGCGCCGACCCCGACUGCCCUAACACCAUCUCCGGCGGAGGCAUCGCAGGCAUCGUCCUCGGCACUAUCGCAGGCACCUUGCUCAUUCUAUGGCUAUGGCAUCUGUGUUCCCUACCAGGGUCUAGUUCAAGUGGGGGAUCGGAUUACGGUGAGGCGAACUUGGCUACCUCGACAACGCGGAGAAGAAGACGGCGCCAUAGUAGUCCCACAGUUUAUUAUCUGGAGAAGCAUCCGUCCGGGCAUGGUGGGGGGUCGUCGGUGAGGAGGCCGACGAAGGUGUAUCUUUCUUGA